AUGUAUUUAUUUAGAGAUUGUAUUUUUGUUACGGCUUGCGAUUGUUUUACUUCAGUAUUUGCUGGUUUUGCAAUUUUUUCAAUUCUUGGUUAUAUGUCAUUUAAAACGGGUUUACCUAUUGAACAAGUAGCUAAAGGUGGACCAGGUCUUGCGUUUAUUGCUUAUCCACAAGCACUAUCAAUUAUGCCAGGUGGACCAUUUUGGGCUGUAAUUUUCUUUUUUAUGUUACUUACUCUUGGACUAGAUUCUCAAUUUGCUUUCGCUGAUGUUAUAAUCUCUGGUUUACUCGAUACAUUUAAACAAUUACGUCGUCAUAAAGUCUUUGUAACAAUCAGUUAUUGUAUUGUUUGUUUUUUCCUAGCAUUACCAAUAUGCGCACCCGGUGGUAUUUAUCUAUUUACAUUAAUGAAUGAAUAUGCAUCUAAUUUAUCUGUAUUUGCAUGUGCAUUUAUUGAAUUUAUACUUAUUGCCUAUAUCUAUGGUUUUAAUAAUUUUAUGGAAGAUAUUCGAAUGAUGUUAGGUAAAAGACCUUUAGAACCAGUUUGGUUUUUUACUUGGUGUAUUUCUGGUCCAAUAAUGACAAUAAUCAUCUUUUUUUCAUCAGUUAUUCGAUUUCGAACACCAACUGAAGGCAAUUAUGAAUAUCCAGCAUAUGCCAAUGCACUUGGCUGGCUUAUGGUUUGUUCAUCACUCAUCUUCAUUCCGAGUAUUAUGAUUUAUGAACUUAUUAAAGCGUGGAAAAUUACAGACAGUUCUCACUAUCCAGUUAUUGAUAAUAUGCCGCAUUACUUGAGGAUGUUGGUUUAUGCAAGUAAACCGGAUAUUGAAUGGGGACCAGCAAAAAUCGAAAAUCGUUAUGGUCGUUAUGGAUCAAAGACUGACCAAUCGACUUCUCAAUAUCAAUCGGAUAUUAAGCAUGGCAAUAAUAAUUCGGCUUUUGAACUUGAUAAUACAUUUCAUCUAGAAUUAUAA